UUCCGGCGGGGGCGCGGUGCCGCCGCCUGCGGCUGCCGAGAGCCCGGCGGGGGCGGGCGGCGGGGCCAUGGCGCUGCCCAUGGCGCCCAUGGAGACCCAGCUGCAGAGCAUCUUCGAGGAGGUGGUGAAAACGGAGGUAAUUGAAGAAGCUUUUCCUGGUAUGUUUAUGGACACUCCUGAAGACGAGAGAACCAAACUGAUCAGCUGCCUGGGUGCUUUUAGACAGUUCUGGAGCAGUCUUUCCCAGGAAUCCCAUGAACAAUGUGUCCAGUGGAUUGUAAGAUUCAUUCAUAGCCAACACAGUCCUAAAAGAAUUUCUUUUCUUUAUGACUGUUUAGCAAUGGCAGUUGAAACUGGACUUUUGCCACCCAGGAUGGUUUGUGAAUCUCUGAUAAACUCCGAUACGCUUGAGUGGGAAAGGACACAGCUGUGGGCCUUAACAUUUAAAUUGAUCCGGAAAAUUAUCGGAGGUGUAGACUACAAGGGUGUGCGCGAUCUGUUGAAAGUGAUCCUAGAGAAAAUCUUAACAAUUCCAAACACUGUGAGCUCGGCUGUCGUGCAGCAGCUUUUAGCAGCAAGAGAGGUGGUAGCCUACAUUUUGGAAAGAAAUGCAUGUUUGUUACCUGCCUACUUUGCAGUUACAGAAAUCAGAAAGCUGUAUCCUGAAGGAAAACUUCCCCACUGGCUACUAGGUAAUUUAGUAUCGGAUUUUGUGGAUACCUUCAGACCCACAGCAAGAAUAAAUUCCAUUUGUGGUCGCUGUAGUCUUCUUCCUGUGGUAAAUAACUCAGGUGCCAUGUGUAACUCCUGGAAGCUGGAUCCUACAACCCUUCGUUUUCCUUUGAAAGGUCUCUUACCAUAUGAUAAGGAUCUGUUUGAGCCGCAGACUGCUUUGUUGCGAUACGUGCUGGAGCAACCGUAUUCAAGAGAUAUGGUCUGCAAUAUGCUAGGUCUGAAUAAGCAGCACAAGCAGCGCUGCCCUGUGCUGGAGGACCAGUUGGUGGAUCUUGUGGUGUAUGCCAUGGAACGGUCUGAGACUGAAGAGAAGUUUGACGAUGGUGGAACCAGUCAGCUUCUGUGGCAGCAUCUCUCCAGCCAGCUCAUUUUCUUUGUGCUCUUUCAGUUUGCAAGUUUUCCUCAUAUGGUCCUGUCACUCCAUCAAAAGUUGGCAGGCCGUGGUCUCAUUAAAGGAAGAGACCAUCUGAUGUGGGUGCUACUGCAGUUCAUUUCUGGCAGCAUCCAGAAGAAUGCUCUGGCUGACUUCCUCCCCGUUAUGAAGCUUUUUGACCUCCUUUAUCCUGAGAAAGAAUGUAUUCCUGUACCUGACAUUAACAAACCCCAGUCAACUCAUGCUUUUGCAAUGACCUGCAUAUGGAUUCAUCUGAAUCGGAAGGCCCACAGUGACAACUCCAAGUUACAGAUUCCCAUUCCUCAUUCUCUUAAACUUCACCAUGAGUUUUUGCAACAGAGUUUAAGAAAUAAGAGUUUACAGAUGAACGACUACAAGAUUGCCUUGUUGUGUAAUGCUUAUUCAACCAAUUCAGAGUGUUUCACUUUACCAAUGGGUGUCCUGGUAGAGACUAUUUAUGGCAAUGGCAACAUGAGGAUAUCUCUUCCAGGGACUAAUUGCAUGGCAUCAGGGUCUAUUACCCCAUUACCAAUGAACCUCUUGGACUCACUCACGGUUCAUGCAAAAAUGAGCUUGAUUCAUAGCAUAGCUACAAGGGUAAUUAAGUUGGCUCAUGCAAAAUCUAGUGUGGCCUUGGCUCCUGCUCUCGUGGAAACCUAUAGUCGCUUGUUGGUUUACAUGGAAAUCGAGUCCUUGGGCAUCAAAGGCUUUAUCAGUCAGCUCCUGCCAACAGUGUUCAAAUCUCACGCAUGGGGAAUUUUGCACACUCUGCUAGAAAUGUUUAGCUAUCGCAUGCAUCACAUCCAGCCUCAUUACAGAGUCCAGCUGCUCAGCCAUCUUCAUUCCCUGGCUGCUGUGCCGCAGACUAAUCAGAACCAGCUUCAUCUGUGCGUUGAGAGUACUGCUCUAAGGUUGAUCACAGCUUUGGGCAGCUCGGAAGUCCAACCACAGUUCACACGAUUCCUCAGUGAUCCCAAAACAGUUCUUUCGGCAGAAUCAGAAGAACUCAACAGGGCUUUGAUCUUAACUCUAGCAAGGGCAACACAUGUGACAGACUUUUUCACAGGCUCUGAUUCAAUUCAGGGAACUUGGUGCAAGGAUAUAUUGCAGACUAUCAUGAGUUUUACUCCACAUAACUGGGCAUCACAUACACUAAGCUGUUUUCCAGCUCCACUGCAGGUGUUCUUCAAACAGAAUAAUGUACCUCAGGAAAGCCGUUUUAACUUGAAGAAGAAUGUGGAAGAAGAAUAUCGAAAGUGGAAGUCCAUGACCAAUGAGAACGGUAUAAUCACUCACUUUUCCGUGCAAGGUUCACCCCCACUUUUCCUUUGUCUUCUGUGGAAGAUGCUGUUAGAGACAGAUCACAUUAAUCAAAUUGGCUACAGAGUAUUAGAAAGAAUUGGGGCCAGAGCUCUAGUGGCACAUGUCAGGACAUUUGCAGAUUUCUUGGUGUAUGAAUUCUCUACCUCAGCAGGAGGCCAGCAGCUUAAUAAAUGCAUUGAGAUUCUGAAUGAUAUGGUAUGGAAAUACAACAUUGUAACACUGGAUAGGCUGAUAUUGUGUUUGGCUAUGCGUAGUCAUGAAGGAAAUGAAGCUCAAGUCUGUUACUUCAUAAUUCAGUUACUCUUACUCAAGCCUAAUGAUUUCAGAAACAGAGUGAGUGAUUUUGUGAAGGAGAAUUCUCCAGAGCACUGGCUGCAGAAUGACUGGCAUACUAAGCAUAUGAGUUAUCACAAGAAAUACCCUGAAAAGCUGUAUUUUGAAGGCUUGGCAGAGCAAGUCAAUCCCCCAGUACAAAUCCAGCCACAGUACCUACCAAUUUAUUUUGGAAACGUAUGUCUGCGCUUUCUGCCAGUGUUUGACAUUGUAAUCCAUAGAUUUCUGGAACUGCUUCCAGUGUCUAAGUCACUAGAAACUUUAUUGGAUCAUCUGGGAGGUUUAUACAAAUUUCAUGACCGUCCUGUGACUUACCUGUACAACACUCUUCAUUAUUACGAGAGGCAUCUCAGAGAGCGCACAAACCUCAAGAGAAAGCUUGUUCAUGCCAUAAUUGGCUCUCUCAAAGAUAAUCGCCCACUGGGCUGGUGUUUAAGUGAUACUUAUCUCAAAUGUGCUAUGAAUGCCCGAGAAGAUAAUCCAUGGAUUCCUGAUGACAUUUACUAUUGCAAACUCAUUGGAAGACUAGUAGACACUAUGGCAGGGAAAUCACCUGGUCCGUUUCCAAACUGUGACUGGAGAUUCAAUGAGUUUCCUAACCCAGCUGCCCACGCUCUUCAUGUUACCUGUGUUGAGCUCAUGGCCCUGGCAGUUCCAGGAAAGGAUGUGGGCAAUGCACUGCUAAAUGUUGUGCUGAAGAGUCAGCCCCUCGUGCCGAGGGAGAAUAUCACAGCUUGGAUGAAUGCUAUUGGACUAAUUAUCACAGCCUUACCAGAGCCAUACUGGAUUGUUCUCCAUGAUCGCAUUGUGAGUGUUAUCAACAGUCCCAGCUUGACAUCGGAGACAGAGUGGGUUGGUUACCCGUUCCAGCUGUUUGACUUCACAGCAUGUCACCAAUCUUAUUCUGAGAUGGGUUGUAGCUACACUUUGGCUUUGGCACAUGCUGUCUGGCAUCAUUCUAGCAUUGGACAGCUUUCUCUUAUUCCUAAGUUCCUCACAGAAGUAUUGAUACCCAUAGUGAAAACUGAGUUCCAGUUACUCUACGUUUACCACCUUGUCGGUCCUUUUCUACAACGGUUCCAGCAGGAGAGGACACGAUGCAUGAUAGAGAUUGGAGUGGCAUUUUAUGAAAUGCUCCUGAAUGCCGAUCAGUACAGCUCGCACCUGAACUACAUGGAUCCUAUCUGUGAUUUCUUGUAUCAUAUGAAGUAUAUGUUUACAGGUGACAGUGUGAAAGACCAAGUUGAGAAAAUCAUUUGUAAUUUAAGACCAGCUUUGAAGCUUCGGUUACGUUUCAUAACGCACAUCAGCAAAAUGGAGCCAGCAGCUGUUCCACAGCAACCUCUCAGUAAUGGCUCACCAGCACCACAGCCUAGCCAAGUGCCUGUUAAUGUUGCUUUGCCGGUUACACAGUGAAAUGAAGUGUUAGGUCGGCCUUGGUGUGAUGGUUUCCUUCUACUAGUCAAGGUGAAACAUCAUCUGAUCUGAAAUCUAGUAUGCUGUGUAAAAGGAAAGAGAACCGCGUGCAAAUUUCUGCUUCAUUUUCUUUUGCAUAAUGAAGCUGUCCAAUUGUGUGCACGCCAGUUUCCCUGCCUAUUUAUAUCAGACACUAAAUAAGGUAUAUGUUACCUUUCCUUGAAAGCACUCAGUAAACUUUCUCUGCAUGCAAGUACGUGGAUUUCUGAAGAGGUUACAGUAUUCCUGCUCCCUAUCCAGAUCUGAGUCACCUGGACUUAUCCUUCCUUCUGUCUAUCAAAUGAAAGGACAUUCAACACAUGUAGCCUGGUAGAAAAAAGGCCUUUAUAAAUUUGGCUUCUGCGUUAUUAGAAGUUUGUAUUCUUUUUGUCCAACAAAACUUAAAUUCUUCUCAUCUUUUGGGCAGACAAAUUAAGUUAUUAUACAGAAAAUCUCCUAGAAAAAAAGAUUGCAUCAGUUGCAUUGGGUCAAUUAUUCUCAGUCUUUGGGAAGAUGUUAUGAGCUUUUGAAAAUAUCUGUAAAUUUUAUAUGUACAGUUUACAUUCAACAAAUAAGCAGUGGGUUUGAUCUAGCAUCAGUUACUAGGCUAGAUUACUACCCAGAGGCUGUCUCUAAUGAAUUUAUUAUGAAAGUCUGCAUAUUCAGUUAAAGCUAUGCUGGUUGUUAUUUUAUCUUUCUUAUUUGGGAAAUGGUGUAAUUUUUAUCAGGUCAAUCGUAUGAAUUUUAUUAAUAUCGAUAUCUUAUAUUUUAGAUUUGUAUAAUAUUUGACUUUAAGUUUUUUCUGUGUACUGUGUUCUGAGGGUUUUGAUAAGAGAAUUGAAAGACUAAAUGUUUUGUAAAUACUUGUUUGACAAACUUUUUUUUAAUUAAAAACAAAGCAACCAAAAAAAAGCAACCUUUUAUCACUG